GAGAUUUUUUCUGAACACAAAGUCAAACAGGCAUAGUGAGAAAGUUUUUGCCUUUCUGGUGAAGAAGGUCAAGGAUGGCAACCCUGGGCACGGAGAGUUUCAGGAGUGGCACUCCGACCCAGACACCAGAGGGGAAUGUGGUGAUGAACUUCAGCUUUGAUGGCUACCCACUAGAGGAGGAAGAGCCACAGAAUAAAGGGCGGCAGAGACAGGACAGUGGGAUGUCCAUAAUCAAUGAACCAGACAUUGAGUCACAGCCCAAGGACAGCUAUCAUGGCAUUUACUUUGCAAUGCUUCUGGCUGGAGUUGGAUUCCUACUGCCUUACAACAGCUUCAUUACAGAUGUGGACUAUCUACACCAAAAAUAUCCAGGGACAUCCAUUGUGUUUGACAUGAGUCUCACAUAUAUCCUUGUCGCUUUGGCUGCUGUGAUUUUAAACAAUGCUUUGGUGGAGCUGCUCAGCUUGCACACCCGCAUCACUGUCGGUUACCUGUUUGCUUUGGGACCCCUUAUGUUUGUGAGUAUCUGCGAUGUUUGGCUGGAGCUUUUUACAGUACAGCAGGCAUAUGCCAUCAAUCUGGCAGCAGUGGGGACGGUGGCUUUUGGCUGCACAGUGCAGCAAUCGAGUUUCUAUGGUUACACAGGGAUGUUGCCCAAACGCUACACACAAGGGGUAAUGACGGGUGAAAGCACUGCUGGUGUGAUCAUUUCCCUCAGCAGAAUUUUCACCAAGCUCCUGCUUUCUGACGAAAGGAAAAACACCAUUGUCUUCUUCUUCAUUUCAAUCGGAAUGGAGAUGAUGUGCUUCAUCUUGCAUUUGUUGGUGAAACAAACACAGUUUGUGCGAUACUAUACCUCCCAUAGUAGUAGGGGCCAUGAACGUCUAAAGGGCAAAGGUCAUGUGGAUCAGGGCCCAGGCUACCGCGUCCAUCAUAAUGUCAAUACAGAGGAAGAAAACGGUAUAGUGGAAAGCCCCCAAUCCGACGGAGCAGAGCAGGAUAUUCCAGCGACUGCAGCUUACAUGAGGUUUGAUGCACCAAAGUCGAAGUUGAGGAGAAACUGGCCAGGAUUCAGAGAUAUCGUUCUACACCGAUACACUGUGGCCCGUGUUAUUUGGCCAUAUAUGCUUUCCAUAGCUCUAACGUACUUCAUCACACUCUGCCUGUUUCCUGGAUUGGAAUCUGAAAUUCGGAACUGCACUUUGGGAGAGUGGCUGCCGAUUCUCAUCAUGGCCAUUUUUAACCUGUCUGAUUUUGUGGGAAAGAUACUCGCAGCUUUACCUUAUGACUGGAAGGGAAUUCAUCUCCUCAUCUGUUCCUGCACCCGGGUUAUCUUCAUCCCACUCUUCCUCCUGUGUGUGCUCCCAAGUGACCGGCCUGGUUUCAAUCAUCCUGCCUGGCCUUGUGUUUUCUCUCUGCUAAUGGGGAUUUCAAAUGGCUAUUUUGGCAGUGUGCCAAUGAUCUUAGCAGCAGGCAAAGUCAGCCCAGAACAGAGAGAGCUGGCAGGUAACACCAUGACUGUAUCCUACAUGUCGGGACUAACUUUAGGAUCUGCAGUGGCCUACGUCACGUACAGCCUGACCAGUAUGUCUCAUACUUCAUGUAUUCACACUGAAACAAUCAACGCUUCUUUCACCACAGGAUUCUAAGCAAAGACUCUCUUCACAUUCUCACUAGGGGGUAAAUGGAGAAAUGCUAAAGGGUAUUUAUAUCAUCCAAUGGAAACAUUGCUUGGUGCGCGUCAUCUUAGACACAUUAACUUGUAUCCCCAACCUGUCUGGGACUUGGUUCCUGUUCUGCCCAUCCUACAGGAUUGGAUGGGAUCAUCUAUAUGGACACGAAAAGCUUCUGAAGAAGCUGGAAGAGGAAGUGUUGCCCAACAGAAUCAUGGACAUGCCUUUCUCUCGACUUUUCUUAAGACUUUAAAGAGUCCUGAAAUUUCAUCUAAGAGUGCCUGCUCAUUGUUGUUUUGUCUGCCAAUGCCAACUGUUUAUAAUUGUGUUUUUUCAUUUACAGAGUGGAACUGUUGUCCCCUUGAGUGCAGCUUUCUUAAGCAGCGUGGAAGAAGUGGGUGUGGGGGCCUGUAAUUCUAUGGUUUAAUAUUCUGUAGCAUUUUUCAGAUAAAAAUCUGAAUGUGAAUUUGUUUAAA